UGUUGGCGUCACAGUUAGAGCCCUCUCAAUCUACGCGAAGCACCCAAGCCCGUGUGUGUGUGCGAAAUAAGCUGCGGAGAAAUUCGGGGUUGAGUUUGCGUGGAACGACGGGUGUAGGCUACACGUUGGGAUAACGCCUUUACGGCAACCGGAGUUGGUACAGUUGGACAGUGACGUUAUUGGUUUUAAAGCUUGGAAAUCAGGUUCAUUUUAACUGAUUCAACAUGACGAAGGAGGAGGCUGCUUCGGAGGAGGUUAAGACAGAGAGCAAGACCGAGACAACCACAGACUCACCUGCCAAAGAAGGCGCAUCUACUGAGGCGUCCACCACCAAGCCAGCCGAAGGCGAGACCGCGGGGACGAGCGAUGGAGGAUCGGGAGGUGGCGAGGGCGGGGAGGCGCCCAAAGAAACUGGGGAGUCCAGAGAUGGAGACUUCAAGUCAUCUAAGAAGAGGAAAUGGUUCUGGCGCAAGAGGGACGACCAGAGGGCGGCCGAGGCAGCUGGAGGUGCACAGGAAGGGCAAAAUAGUGGUUCUGAAGAUAAAGAAGCAGCCGCGGAGAAAGAGAUGAGUGAGGCGGAGAUGGAGGUCGACAUCCAGAGGCAGGUCAAGGAGCUGGAGGCCGAGAAGGAGAGACUCAAGGCCCGGAUCGACCUGUACAGGAAGUAUGAGUCACUCAGAAGGGACGUUGGGGACAUGAACCUCGAACUCCAAGACAUCAUUCACAAGCACCGGAACAACAACAAGACUGCAGAAUCGGAAGGUAGUGCAACAGCCAAAGCAAGCCCACAGUAAUCAGUCUGCAGCCGCAUCUCAUCAAUCAAAUGCAAACGCAAUGAGCUGAUAUCACUUGUACUAAGUACAAUUCAUCCUGUAAAUUUGAAAACCUGUAGAAAGCCUGCCUGAUGCAUACACCAAGCCAGCAAAAUGUGUAUAACACACAUCAAGGUUGCCUUCUCGUUAUACUCGGAUCUGUUAAAAAAAAACUGUUGUAUAAUGUUACAAAGAAUAUAUACUUCCAUGCAAAAGUUAGUAAAGAUGUAGACAGUGUAGGUUCUAGAUGGUAGUCUUACAUGUCUUCGUACUUUGAAACGGGCGAGGCGGAUGUGGUGUGACUUUUGAACCGGAAGUGAAGGAGGUCACUAAGAAGCGAUCGAUGAUAUGAUCGACAUUUACGCGGGAAGUCAUCGCUUUGGAGAAUCCGCUUCAUCGUAGAAUUGGGUUUGUCCUUCUCCGUCUCUGAAAAAAUAAGACCGCAUGCGCAACGCUUGGGGCGCUUUUAGGCUAUAACGAAUUCUUGGCCGUUUCUCAAAUCCCGGCCUUGUCUCCGGAUCGGGUUUCAGGCACGCAGUUUGGCAAUAGAGCUGGAGCCGGAGACAAAGCCGAAGAGACAAAGUUUGAGAAAUGCCGUUGAACACAUUUUUUGCUCGAUCCUGUUUUGUACAUUGAUGAAGGAAAAAAGGACUCCUCAUGCGUUAUUGCUACUUUUGGCAUAAAUUUUCGGCCGAACUUAAAAUAGACUUAAAAAGCUAUCACAAGUGCCUAUUUUUUGCGACCAGUGUAAAAUAAUUAUAUAUACACGCUGAAAAAAAGUUUAGAAGAAAGAUCGACUGAUUAAAAGGCAUUAAGUCAAAUUUCCACGACCAAAACAGUUUCCCCUGUCCACUGAGCAUUUGCAAUCAAAGAUUGUUUGUGUCUAUAGUUUUUCUGUCCAUGGCACCUCGGAAAAAUAAUGAAAAAUGUGGAAAAAUCACGAGAAAACGAGAAAAUUCCCUGACGGAAUCAAGGAGAGAGGAGAAAAGGACCAUAUAAAUAGUGCUGUAAAUAGCUUUAGCUGAGUCACUGAACUGAACUAGAAUUCCUAACAAGUAUAUAUGAGAACUGUUUAAUAACCAUUUAUAGACGAACUAUUCAAUUCCAAUUUCCGUUUGAUGUUAUCAUUUUUUUGUGGGAACUAUUUUAAAUUGAAUCCUUAUCCUAACAAUUGUACCUUAAAUUUCCCACAUAUUUUUGUUCUUUCUUUAAGUGUACAAUAUAUGUAGGAAUGAUCAUGUACCUUACUUUUUCGCUUCUGCUUUCCUUAAAAUUCAGUAGAUGUAGUUUAGUACAUAGUUUAAUAAAUAAUGAGCUUAACGUCAUGUUGGCAGUUCGAUACAAAUUCCUAAUCUGUUGAAGGAUACUGAAAGGUUUGUUGGUUGGUCUUUUUAUUAUUAUAAGGAAUAUUGCAUCGUAACUUUUACUUGUACCACUGUAUAUCUAUAUUGUUUACGGCAAAAAUGUCAAUGUAAAAAUAAAUUGCACGACGCCUUUAUUCGGAUAAUUUGUAGUUUAUGAACUACAUUUUGCCUUUUCUUCUAAACUUUAAACACAAUUUUGUUUAAAUGAUUUCCAUUUUGGUUUGCAAUUGUUUUUAAUACGACAGUUGUAAGAGUUUGAUCAAUAAACAAUCAAUACACUUCAA